CCAAGCGACCGAGAAGCGCGCCACCCACUCGUUGCUCUCCGCUCGCAGAUAUGACGCGCGCGGCCCACCACCCUCCGCCGCUGCCCAUGUCGCCCGAGGAGUACCAGAAGUGGCGGCUGCAGCUCUGGUCGCAGCGCGGCCCGAACGUCGCCACGCCCACCUACGAGGAGCUGCUGCCGUGCUACAAGGCCGCUCUCGAGCGCUGCAAGUCGCAGGUUUCGCGGCCUCCGCCACCGCCUCCGCCGCAGCCCGCGCCGCCGCCGCCUGCGUCGGUGGUCGACGCCAUGGCGGCGGCGGUCCGCGCCGGCGCGGAGGAGCCCUUUUACGUGGUCGACCUCGAGGCGGCCAAGCGCAAGCUGUCCGAGUGGCGGGAGGCGCUCCCCGAGGUGGUGCCGCACUACGCGGUCAAGUGCAACGGCGACCCGGCGCUCCUGCUCACCCUCGCCUCCGAGGGCGCCUGCUUCGACUGCGCCUCGGCGGCCGAGAUCCGGCAGGUGCGCAGCCUCGGCGUGCCGGCCUCGCGGAUCGUCUACGCCAACCCGAUCAAGCAGCCCUCCCACGUGCGGUGCGCGUCCAAGGAGGGCGUGCCGCUGACCGUCUUUGACGGCGAGGCGGAGCUGCGCAAGAUGGCGGCGCUGGCGCCCUCGAUGCGCCUCCUCCUCCGCGUCGCUGUCGACGACUCGCAGGCGCAGUGCGUCCUCUCAAACAAGUACGGCGCGCGGCCGGCCGAGGCGGCGGCGCUGCUCGACGUGGCGCACGGACUCGGCCUGACGGUCGUCGGCGUCUCCUUCCACGUCGGCUCCGGCUCCUCCUCCACCGACGCGUUCGGCGACGCCGUCGCGCGCGCCGCCGCCAUCUUCGCGCUCGCCGAGCAGCGCGGCCGGCCGAUGAGCGUGCUUGACGUCGGCGGCGGCUUCCCUGGCGUCGACAGCGCGCAGGUGUCGUUCUCGUCGAUGGCGGCGAGCCUCCGCGCGGCGCUCGACCUGCACUUCCCGCGCCGGCAAGGCCUCCGUCUCAUCGCCGAGCCCGGCCGCCUCUUCGCCGCGUCGACGCACACGCUCGCCGCGUGCGUGAUCGGCAAGAAGGUUGCGCGGAGGGCGGUGGACGGCGGCGACGGCGACGGAGCAGAAGCCGUGCGGAUCAACUACUUUCUGAACGACGGCCUAUACGGCUCGUUCAACUGCGUCCUCUACGACCACGCGGCGCCGGAGUGCGCCGUGCUGCUGGCGCGGGGCGAGGGCGGCGGGGGCGGGGGCGGCGGCGGCGCGGGCGGUGGCGGCAGUGAGGCGGCGGGCGGGGAGGGCGUGGCGGCGUGCACUGUCUGGGGGCCGACUUGCGACGGCAUCGACUGCGUCAUCGCCGACGCCAACCUCCCGGAGCUCGAGGUUGGGGACUGGCUCUACUUUUCCGACAUGGGGGCGUACACGUCGUGCGCCGGCUCCAACUUCAACGGUAUGGAGCUGCCCGACGUCGCCUACCUGCAGGGCCACGCGCCUUCGCGGCCGCAGCCGCCCGAGACUGCCGCGGCGGACAUGCUGCGCAAGCUGGCCGCCGAGGGCGUCGCGCCCUGAGCGAGCGCUUGUGGGCAGGGGAGGGGAGGGAGGGGGGGGGGGUGCACAGAUGCGACAGGCGAGCUCUGCUUUUAGUUUUACGAGACAUUCUGUGCUCUCCGCUGUUUUAUGCUCUCGAGAAGUG